UACUACCUCUUGUGUAAGAAAGAGGCGCAUCUACAGACUGACUUAAUGUAGUCAGUAGUCAUAAAUUAAGCAGGAACAUAAAUAACUUGCAAUCUGAUACUUGAUUAAAUGAGAUCUUGGAAAUUUUUGAAGACAACCAUACACAAGGUGGAAUUCUUCUCCGGGAAAGACAAUCAUGACAAUCAAGGAUUUUGAAUAUCGAGAAGUUAUCAUUUUUUUGUUGCUGACGAUAAGUUUGGAUUUAAGCCAAGCUGAAACCACCGUCGAGCCUGGUUCUGCCUGCAGGUACAAAGUUUGGUUUUUGGAGGCCUGCAUUGAGGCCGAACAUUCCCAGACUGUUCACUUGAUUCUUUCCAAAGGUGGGGUUCAAUGUGAUAUAACGAAACAUCUGACAAAGGUGUGCAUCCCAUCUCAAGACAACAAACAUCCAAUCACUCCCAGCAAAGCCUUGUUCAAAGACUUAUUAGAAGGCAACCAACCUGUCUCGAAAGAAGGACUUCAAGAAACAAUUGAGAAUAUGGAUCCCGAAGAUUUGCCCGAGGUCUUGAAAUUGGAAGAAUCCCCUGCUCGAGAGAAAGCCGAAGCCACCAUAUUGGAUGAAAUCAAGGAAUACAAUCAAUCAACCGUGGUUACCACAACUGAACCCGAGGGAGCUGAGUUUGAAGAAGAUCUGAAGAAGCUUCUCGGGAUCGAAGCCCAGAAUAAUCAAACCAACUUUACCGAACAAGAUACAACGGGCGGCGUCGGUGUCUCUGGAAUUACCGUAUCAAAUAUGAUGACGGAACUUUUAAAGGAACUGAACGACGUUGGCUCUUUGAAAAAUCAAUCCAGCAAUACGCAAAAUUAUCCAACAACCUCAUCCUCGGCCAAUGCCACGGAGAGUGAAAAUGGGAGCGAAGCUCAAUUUGUUGAUAAGCUCAUGGGAAUCUUUCAGGUUAGCAAUUCAACUAGGCUCUCUGAUGAGCAAAAUACUGCAGAGGAAGUGAUGACAGUAACGACUACUACUACAACAACUACAACCAUUUCUGAUGAAAAAGCGCUGGAAACCAGGAGCUUUGCCUCAGCCCCGACAGAAAUAAUCUCUACCACUUUGAUGGACGCAACUGAAGAUUUAACCAAAAUUGUUGGAGAGAAACUAAAUCGAACCCGUGAAGGACAAAAUGAUUCAUUCCUUGAAGAAGAAAGGCGGGAUUCGACGAAAACUCCCGAUCACUCCUUAGUUAGAAGUGCGACGGGGACUCAAACCAAGAACUUUGAUUUUGCUAAGAAGGCAUUAUCGUUAUCUAUUACUGCUAAACCCAAAUUCGAACAGAAAGAGGAGCUAACCCCAAAUAGAACUCUUGAAAUUGAUGUCAACGCCAACCACACUAAGGGAAAUAGCUCGAAACCGUGGGACAUCUUGAAUCGACUAAAGAACCGCCGCCAAGAACUCCGCGAUUUAGGGCGCAAUCAGAAGAUGAGAACUGUGUUGGAAGAAAUGGGCCUGGGCGACUCAAAUCAAACAGAUAUCUCCGCUGAUUCCUUGGCCAAGGACAAUUCGAGGGUUAUUGUGGCAGAUACCAAUGAAGCAACCAAUAUCAAAGGUUUUUUUCAGGAUUUGCCGUCUCCGGGUAAUGGCUCUCGGGUCAUCAAUUGGAUGAUCCAAAAUAUGCCAAAUGGCAAACAAACUAUCGUGAUUCUCUGACAAGAUGGUUUUAUAAGCAUACAAAAUCUCGUGUAAACAAAAUCGACUAGCAUGCGACCAAGCCAGUAUGAAAAAUCAAAGAGCACUAGGAGAGACAUUAAAUGGGUACAAAAGGUU